AUGAAAAGUGUGACGAACACGUUUGCUAUUACAGAUAGUGAGGAAAGUGACGGAGAGGGUGGUUUGGGUAAUUUGAGCAGACUAAUUGUUCGGCCUCCUGGCCAGAGUGGGAAAGCCAAACGAGGACAGUUGUGCUUCGACGCGGCUUUCGAGUGCGGGAACCUGGGCCGAGCCGACCAUAUCACUGACAUUGAAUACGACCUAUACGUUAGACCUGAUACUUGCAGACCAAGGGCGCGAUUUUGGUUUAACUUUACCAUCGAAAAUGUUAAGCAGGACCAGAGAGUGAUACUAAAUAUUAUUAAUUUGGCCAAAGAAACCACACUAUUCGAUGGAGAUAUGACUCCCCUAGUGCGUUCCACCUCAAGACCGAAAUGGCAACGGAUUCCCAGACGCCUGGUAUUCUACCACCGCUCGGUGCCUCAUAGGGGGCGGAAAAUCUUAAGCAUAGCAUUCGCUUUUGAUCGAGAAGAGGACGUUUAUCAGUUCUCUGCAGGAGCUUCCUACUCAUACUCGAGACUUCAGAAGCACCUCGCGACGUGGGAGAAGAGAGCCCAAGCCUUUGCGACCAGGCAGUCUAUUGCUCAGACUACUCAAAAACGUCGAAUAGACCUAGUAACGAUUGGAGACUAUAAAACGAAAAAAGAUAAAGAGGAGAUCAAAGAAGACCCUCCGGUGAUUAAACCAGCGAUAAAGCCUGCAGAGCAGAAGAAAAGAGUCGUCCUCAUCAUCGCCCGAACACAUGGAGGUGAACCGCCAUCCUCAUUUGUUUGUCAAGGGUUCCUAGACUACUUGCUGGGAUCAUCGGAAAAGGCGGUGGCUUUGAGAAAUAACAUCGUGCUGGAGGUCAUCCCGAUGCUGAACCCAGACGGGGUGUUCCUCGGCAACCAGCGGUCAGACCUACUCGGCGGCGACCUCAAUCGAUGUUGGAAUCGAGCCACCAGCUACGCGCACCCCGCCCUAGUGGCCGUUAACGAUCUCCUCAAGAAACUUGCCUCGGAGAAGACCGUGCAGUUAGAUUUCAUCAUCGACAUUCACGCAGACAUAAGCCACGAGGGCGUAUUUGUUCGAGGGAACUCCUACGACGAUGUGUACAGGUUUGAACGUCAGGCAGUUCUCCCAAAGUUUCUGGGAGCCCGAAUCGAAGCAUGGAGGCCAGAAGCUUGUUUCUACAACGCGGACUCAUUGCUGGCUGGCACAGCUCGGAGAGCCCUGCCGGCGGGGUUAAUCGACGCCUACACUUUAUUAGUCUCCCUAGGAGGACGAAGAUUAUCUCCCAGGGGACCUUAUAUACAUUAUACUGAAGAUGCAUAUACGAAAAUAGGCAAAUCUCUAGCAAAAUCUCUUUGUGACUAUUAUCGACAUAUCGGGGUCAUUCCUCCGCGAGUAGGUCGCAGUAAGAAGAAAGAUCAAAGGGGCAGACGUCGGCGGAGACGGCCUGUUAUUGAACGCGACAGGUCACCCAGCUCGUCACCAGAGCGACGAGUUCUAGCUGGUCGAGUAUUAUCACCACCCCUGCCUAAAGUAUCUCCGCCAGCGAUGCAAGCGCUGCCAGGGAGGCUCUCGCGUCGCCACAUGCUGAAGUCGCGCCCUAAAACCGUGCCAGAUGUGGACCUUAUGCUUCCCGUAAUAACAGGUAAAGCUGUGAAAACUCCCCGGCUCGCUGUGGUAGACAUGAGUGCCUAUAUUCGGACACCGAAGACCUUUGUCAAUCAGCGAAUUGAGAAGUCUCAACAGCGACUGUGCAGGCCACCUCGCCCGUCGCAGCCCAGGUUCACCAGUGACGAGUACGACACUCAUGAGUCUGAUUCUUAGACCACUGUUGUGGCUAAAAGGACAUAUUGGUUGUGUUAUGAAUUUGAAUUAAAGAUUUACAAAAUAA